AUGUCGGGCUGGUUCACGCUCUUCACAAACUGUCGCUAUGUCCUCGACGGCCAGCUGGUCGACGACCACCUCGUCGUCUCAGACGAGACGGGCCUGAUACUGAAGCGAGACGGCUACAUCGGCGGCGAGGCCGUGGAUCUCGACGACAACAUUGUGGCCCCGGGCUUCCUGGAGCUGCACACCAACGGCGCCAAUGGCUUUCACUUCACCCACUGCCAAGACGACGCGGGCUACGCCGGGAGUGUCGAUGAGCUUGCGAGGUACUAUGCAACCCACGGCGUGACGGGCUUCUGGGCCACCCUCCCCACCGUCAAGGCCGACGAGUUCCAGAGGAUCCUCCCCUCCCUCACCCCCCGCGACAUUCCCAACGCUGCCUCCCUCCUCGGCGCACACGUCGAGGGCCCCUAUCUGCACCCCGCCAAGCAAGGCGCCCACAACGCCUCGCUGUUCCAGCAAUGCACCACCCCACCGGCCUCCAUCUACGGCGCCUCGCACCUCUCCGCCGUCAAGCUGCUGACCCUCGCGCCCGAGCUACCACACGCCCCGGCCCUCGUCUCCUCGCUCACCUCGCAGGGCAUCAAAGUAUCCAUGGGCCACUCCACCGCCACGCUGGAACACGGCCUGUCCGGCCUGCGCGCCGGAGCAACCUGUCUCACCCACACGCUCAACGCCAUGCCGCCCUUCUCAUCGCGCGACCCAGGCCUCGCCGGUCUCAUCACCCUGCCUGCUUCACACGCCCCGCCCCCACCCUACUUCACCGUCAUCGCCGACGGCGAGCACCUCCACCCCAACACCGUCUCCCUGCUGCACCGCGCCAACCCCAAGCGCUCCAUCGUCGUCACCGACAGCAUCGAGCUGGCGUCGCUGCCAGACGGCAUCCAUCCCGGCCACGCGCAGAUCCCCUUCGAGCAGACCAAGAAGGGGACCAGGGCCACCAUUGCGGGCACUGACACGCUGAUUGGCGGCUGCAUUCCGCUGCAGCAGAGUGUGAGGAACCUGAUGGCCUGGAGCGGGUGUGGUAUCGCAGAGGCCGUGGCCACCGUAACGGAGAAUGUAGCAGGCUUCAUGGAGAUUGAUGGGCAAGGAGGGAGGGGCGUGCUGCGAGAAGGGAGGAGGGCAGAUCUGACCGUAUUGAAUGAGGCGGGCGAAGUGCUGCAGACGUGGAUCGCCGGGCACAAGGUGUGGGAUGCAGACGAGGAGACGAUGCGCAGAGACGACGACGGCGAGGCGAGAGGAUAA